GUAGUAGGACCAUUUCUUUUUUCACAGAUCCAAUGACACGCUUCAGUAACACGAAGAUAGUCAUGGACUCUGGACGCCAAUCACACAGUUCCUGCUCCAUUCGAACUCUUUUGGGCCUAACCACUGUACUUGUGGUUUUGCUUGCAAUUCUUCCCUGUUAUCCAACAUCGGCCAUGUCUGCUCUAUCAAGCGAUCACCACUCCUCUUGCAAUGGGCUUUACGACAAAAGCAUUUUUAAUCGGCUGAACCGCAUUUGCCAUGAUUGCUCCAGUCUCUAUCGCUCACCCGAGUUUCACACACUUUGCAGGUUGGAAUGUUUUACAACUCCUUUCUUCAAGGCUUGUCUCAAAGUCUUGCUUAUGGGGGACCAGGAUCCAGAUUACUCCGAAAUGAUCGACAAAAUUGGCCGCUAAAUAACGCAACUUUCAAGAUUAUAAUAUCGUGAUUAACAGAGCGUGCGCUCCUCCUCUCUAGAUCUUAUAUUACUAUGUGCAUCAGCCUAUUUUAUUAGAAAUUUCGUCUUUGGGCAACAGUGCGAAUUUUCUCCAGUUCCUUACUUCGUGCGUGCAAUAACGCACGAAGUAUUUUAUUUAGACAAUCGAAGAUAAAUAGAACAGUGUUUAAUUAUCUUAGCAACUACGUUUGUCGUCUUUCUUUCAUUUCUCUUGGCUGCUUCACUUACUUUGUUGCUCCAAAAUAAAAUCUAGUCUACACUUCUGAA